CAUGUAUGUCCGAUGCUCCGCCGAAGAGCUGCUGCAGAGAACGACUGAUGGAGAGGAGGGCCGUGGAUUGGAUUGAGUGAUUGAUCUGUCUUGUGUGUGGAGGGGUAGAUGCAGCUGGCGUCCUCCUCCUCCCAGGCACUCCCGUUUCACUACCAGCCGACGCCCAACUGCAACAAACUCCUGCACCUCUCGUGUGAGCAAUUCCACAGACAGACAGACAGACAGACAGAGAGGGAGGGUGGCAGCGGGAGGGUGUGUCACAUGCAUGGCGGAGAUCCCUCCUUGUGCGCUUGUCUUGCUGUUGUAUCCAACCAACCCCCCGUUUGUGUGUGGUGGUUCGUUUGUUGGUCGAUUGGUUGGCUGUGCCUGUCUGUGCGUGGCUGCAGUUCUGGGUAUCCGUGGCCUGGCCACGUCAUCUCCACUCGUAUCGUCACCCUCCUCGACCAACGAAAGUCAGCCACAGAGAGAGAGAGAGAGAGAGAGAGAGAGAUAGAGAAUGAAUGAACCCCCGACAAGCCACAAGCAACAACCCUCCUCUCUCUCCCCCUCUCUGUGCACAUUGCGACUGACUGUCAGAGGAUGUGUGGUCGGAGCGUGAUCGCAUCAAGGUGUCCGACCUGCUCCCGCCCGCCAUGCGGCCCGGCGUCAGCGGCAGUGGGGCGGUGGUUGGCGGCCAGCCACAGGGCAUGGCGCAGCACAAGGAGCCCGAGGUGGUGCUGCUGGCAGAGACCAACGAGUUCCAGACGGCCUGCAGGUGGUCCAGCAGGUCAUCACACUGCAUCGUCGUGUAAGCUGGAGGCAGGGAGGGAGGGGUGUUGUCAAUAUGCAUGUGUGUGUGUGUGGAUGCUUGAAUGAAUCAGUCCUGCGACCUUCUCAUGGCCCAUUGUGGUCCACCUCGCCGUCAAGCUGCCGCAGACACAGACCCUCCACAGAGUCGGGUAAGACCGCAGCGCAACCACCACCACCACCACCACCACCACCACCACACACACACCACACACACACACACUCUCUCUCUCUCUCUCUCUCUGUCCCCUUCUCAUUGCGCCCACAGAGAGCUGGACCUCACCCCUCCCCCCCGGCCCCCAUCCUCGCUCUCUCACGGCUCCCGCGCAGCUUCCCCGCCAAACAGCACCACCACCACGACCACCACCAGCACCACCACCACCACGAGUGUGAGUGUGAGUGUGCCGACCCCUGCGAGUGACAGCGCGCCGACGAGUGCUGCGGGUGAGGUGCCCAAUCGCGUCUUCGACAAGUGGGUGCCGCUCAAGCUCCACGUGCACAGGGACUCGCUCACACAGAGGGACAAAGAGAGGUGAGGUGCGCCGGGCCGGCGAGGGAGGGAGGGAGGGAGAUCAAAUCAGUGCAGUGGGCAGUGUGUGUGUAUGUGUGUAUGUGUGUGUGAAGGUGUGUGGAGGUUCGUGUACAGUUGGCCUAUGCCACGCCUCUGCCCUUCUGGUCGAGCCAGCCACCGCCGGCCGACGGACUCACCAAAGAGGACAGACAGCUCAUUGAGGUUGGUUGGUUAGCAAACCGAGGGAGGCAGUGCAGUCAGGCUGUUCGUCCUUCACGUCAUGUGUACGUGUAUGUGUGUCUCGUUGUGAUUGAUAUGUUUGUGUUUGUGUAGGCUUUGAAUGAGACUUCCUUGGCGCUGCCGUUGAGUCUGUAUGACGUGGCGGGCGUCUCUAUCGCAGGUCGGCCCGCUCUCUCCGUGCGUUGAUGUGGGUGUGUACCUCUCUGUGUGUGUACAUCUGUGUGUGUGUGUGUGUGCACAGACAGGGUGUGUGAGGCCCUGAUGGUGCUGCUGGAGCCCACCAGGAACGUGCAGCUCUUCAGGCGAAUCGUCCAGACCGACACACACAAGAUGAGUAAGCAAGCCCACCCCACACCCACACCCACACCCACACAGGUGCACUCUGCAGAGGCAUGUUUGUUUGUGUGUGUGGUGGUGUGGUGGUGUGUAGCGUCGCGUGACGCGCAGAGCAACGUGUACAUAGCUGACCGCCGGCUGCUCAGCUGCAUGGCCGUCAACAUCUCCCGCUACCUCCGGGCCUACAGCCGGCUCUUCCUCCGCUCUCGCAUCAAGAAGACCUUCGGACCCGUCAUUGCCAAGGCCGUCCUCAACCCCCACGUAUGUGUGUGCUGUGCUGUGCUAUGUGAAGCAUCGAGAAGCACACACACGGAAUGUUUAUCUGUGUGUGUGUGUCUGUGUAAGGUGUGCGACGGCGCCAUAAUGGACAGCUUUCUGGACGGGGCGAUAGAACUCAUGGACACCAUUGCACCGUGAGCAAAAGACGGAGAGCCAAGCCAAGCUUGGGGCCACCACGAGCUUGGCUUGGCUGUGUUGGAUGGGACAAAUGAUGGCGGUGUGUCUCUCUCUUGUGUGAUGCUAUGCUGUGCCCAUCCAUGCCGGUCGGUGUGCAGGGGUCUGAUUCGCGUCAUGGCCGACACCCUGUCGCUCAAAAUGGCCAACCCCAGAAACGCCACAUCAGGUCAGUCAGGUACACACACGAGUGAGUGCAAAUGGCGGGCGGCUGUCAUGCCAUGCCAAUCAAAAUGGCGAGUGAAGUGAAUACAACCUGUGUGUGUCUGUGUCUGUCUCUGUGUCUUUGUGUGCGUUGGGUGGCUGCAGGAUGUCUGAUCACGCAUUUGUUCGGCCCUUGUCUGGUGCUGCCUGUCGAGUAUGGCGUGCUCGACACCAACCCCACGCCCAACGCCAAGAAACUACUCGUCAGUGAGAAAGGAAGAACCCACAUGGGGCGCCCCCUUCCUUACACAUGGCUGCAUGCGUGUGUGCAUGUGCAUGUGUGUGUGGGUGGUGUAGGUCCGGUGCUACCGCGCCUUGGUUGCGUUUCUGACGUCCCACAUCUAUGCGCACGGCGACUACUGGCCCAACGUCGACUACCUCGUCGACACCAUCUCGGACGACAAAAUGCCGAGGAUCGCAUCCAAACUCGAGCAGCUGCUGGUCAGUCAGGGACCACACACACAUGGACCAAUGCCUGCAAUGCCUGCCGCUUCCACGUGUGUGUGUCGGUUGUGAUGAAUUCACUCAUCGACCAACCAGCACAAGUCUCGGUAUCGGUAUGCCGAGUACUGGGAUGCGACAACCUUCUACCCCGACGGACCGCCGACCGAACCAUUCAAGUAAGAGUGCACUCAAGCCAGCACACAAACGCAGGGAGGGCCUGCCCGUCUUCACUGGUUGGUAUGUGCAGGUGUCUGGCCUGUCGGUUUGUACGGUCGCUGCUGCGCGAGCGCCUCCCCUUCAUCCAGAAGACCCACCUAUACGGAGUAGGGGAGGGAGGGAGUGAGGCAUCGAUCGAAUGAGCAGACAAACAAGAGAGCCAGCACACGUCGCCAUCUGUCGUGCUGCAGGAGCAGUUUGCGCCCCUGACCUACCGGCUGCAGCAGAUCCUGGCCACCGGCAAGGUGGGUAGCACAACACCUCUUGUGUCUUCCCCAUCCCGCAGGGCACGUGUGUGCAAGUUAAAAGUUGUGUUUGUCAGGGUGUGGACGAUCGUCGGUCGAGUGCGUCUAGCGUGGCGUCGCCGCCGCCCCGGGAGACCCCCGACGAGCUCAUCACCGUCACCACCACACCACACGGCGGACAGGGGCUGCUCUAUAAAGGUGCCGGGCGCUGGGGGAGACCUACACUCACACCGCUCCACACACACAUACGUCAUCCACACGCAGUAUCUGUGAGGGGCGCGCUGUUCCUCAUCCUGUCUGUGUGCGUGUGCGUGUGCGUGUGUGUGUGUGUCUGCAGGGAGUUAUGUGCGGUCUGAGGUGUGUCGUCGGCUGAGUUGGCUGCUGGAGCGGAGUCUGCAGGUCACCAAGAGGGAGCUCAUCGAGAAGAAUAUACUCAAGGGUAGGCAGGCCAGCUGGGCUGUCUUGGGCGCCGCCCCUCGUUCGUUUGUUCAAACUCCUGUGUCUGCCUGCCUGCCUGUGUGUGUGCCUUUGUCCAUCUCCAUGUGUGCAGGCAUGUCGAUAGUGAAGCGGUCGUCCCGCCCGCUGGCGGCCUUCUUUGCCAACAGGAGACCCAAGCUGCAGGACCUCAUCAACCAAGGCAGUAAGGACACCACACACACAGACACACACACAGACGCACACACACACGGCGCAGACACAGAAGGACCGCAUGGAUGGUCGGCCGGUCUGUCUGUCUGUCUGUCUGUGCAGAGCUGCCCCCCGACUACCUGUCGACCUUGUUUCCCCCCGAGCGUCGUCUGGCGCCCCUGUCCACCCCGCCCCACCUGCUGCCCACCAUUGCCCUCUCCUCCCCCACCCCCUCGCCCAACGCAGCAUUCCCUCCCGUCUCGGCCAACAGAGGGGCGGUCGUGGCUGGACAACAUCCCACUGGCAGGACACACUCACCCCCAGCGCUCAUUCAGCAACAGCAGCAGCAGCAGCAGCAAAAACAGCCGCCGGCGGUUUCUGUAUCUUCACCUGCACCUGCGCCUGCAGCUGCACCGCCCGCAUCUGUCGCGAGGCGGGCAGAGGAGGAGAGGGACCCUGCGAUUGUGGAGAUAUGGCGCAAGGGCGAGGUGGUCAAGGACGGCACUCCUCCUGGGGUGGGCGUGGGCGUGGGCGUGGGGGUGGGGGUGGGGGUCAAGAAGAAGAACAACAGUCACCACGUCAACGAGGCCGUGGGAAUGAUGAACGGCCCGGUGCAAGUGACGACAGCCCCUCAGGUGGACUUCAUCUCGAUGCUCGCCAAGGGAAAAAAGCAGCAGCAGCAGCAGCAGGAUGCCGCCAUCAAUCGGCACGUAUACCCCCCCGCCCCGCUGAUCCCCCCGCCCACCCUCUCACCAGCACCAGCAGCAGCAGCAGCAUCAGCAGCAUCAGCAGCAUUAGCAUCGGCAGGAGGAGGAGCCCAUGUGAUGGAGAAGUCUCUGUCCAACCCCAAUCUGGCGCGGCUCCACCAAUCGCCCAGUCCCACGGGCAGCGACGGCCCUGAGGUGCGCGUGUACCCCUUCGACCACCACCAGCAGCAGCAGCAGCAGGACGCUCCUGCUGGUCCUCCUGCUGCUGCUGCUGCUGGUGGUGGUAGUAGUGGGGGCUGGGGAGGGGGCAGCACCAGAUCGCAGGCAUCGGACCAGGCGGUCAGUGAGGGAGACAGACAGACAGACAGGCAGACAGAGAGACAGAGAGAGAGAGGGGGCAAUGUUCUCUGUCUGUGUGUGUCUGUGCAUCAAUCCAUCCAUCACUCAAUCAGGACAUCGAGUAUGAGGUUGAAGAGACGGUGGUGGUCGACCAGUGCCAGUCAUACGUCUACCUGAGGAACAGGCCCAACUACUACGACGACGCCAUUCCCACUGCCACCAGUACUAGUGGGGCACGAGGGAUACUCGCCAAGGGCAGGAAGGGCCGGUCGGCUGACAGCAGCCCCACCCCCCACCAAGUGGACCACGACCACGGCUCAACGUCCUCUCCCCGAGACCUCACCAUCGCCGCCCUCGGCCCCCCACCCCUGCCGAGCGGGCUCAGCAGCCUCAUCACCGACAAACGAUCUGGUCAGUGUCGACCAAGGAAGGCGCGAGAGCACACAAUGGUGGCACGGAGGAGACAUGUUGUGUGUGUGUGUGUGUGUAGGUCACCAUUACCAGGCGUGGGCGUGUGAGUCUGCGGACGUGCCGCCUCCGCCCCCCCAGGCGCCCCACCAGUCGGGCCUCAUCGGCGGCCAGUGGGCGAGGGCGUCGCCCGACGACCUCCGGCGGCACAUCAAGUCGCUGCAAGAAGUCAUCACUAACCUCAACGCACAACUCAACCAUGUCAGCCGACACGCCCACAGACAAUGGGAGACUGUGUGACGAUCUGUCUGUCUGUCUGUCUGUCUGUCGUGUGCCUGCAGGAGCGAGAAGAGCGUCGAGCGGCCGAAUCUCAAUGUCAGACGCUGCAGAGCCAACUCCGCACCCUGGAGGCGGCGGCCUCCCUCCCUCCUUCGCCUCCCUUGCUGCCCCCAUCCCUCUCGCCAUGGCACCUCUCGCCCAUCCCACCUGACCUGGACCAACACCAGCUCCACAGAUCAUCCUUCGCCCACCCGCAUUACCGCCACCUCUCAGUGCGCACACGGACAUCAGCCGACCUCUCGCAGCCCUCCUCGCCCCUCCCGCCACACUCACCAGCCGAAGAGCCCACCCAGGGCGGGUUUGCCAUCCCAUGGGGGUUUGGUCGAGGAGGUCGGGUGGCGGCCAUCACACCAACCCACCAGCAGCAGCAACAGCAGCAGCCCCACUCGCCUGUGAGCCCGGCGGGCGGUGGCGGCGGCGGCGGCGUUGGUGUUGGUGUUAGUGUUGGCGUUGGCGCUGUGGUGAUGCGGGCGGCUGCUGGCGGACAUGGCCCGCCGGGGCAUCGUCUGUCCCUGACUGAUGAGAUGGGCAGGAAUGCGCCCGCUUUUCUGCAGACAGUCCAAGGCUUCAUUAGGAGUGACCACGGCCGUCCGCAGAGAUAGAUAGGGGACCGGACAAGUGACUGAUUGCGUGAAUUGGUGGGACGAUGUGCGAGCGACAUAUACACACAUGUGGGUGGCCGUAUGGAUGAUGAUGGUGUGGUCGGUGAGUAAGUGUGUAUGUGGCGGGUCGCUCAUGGCCGGAUGGAUUCUCUCGAUCGGUCGGCCAUGGGUGUGGCUGUGGAGUGAGUGAGGGUUCGUGUGUAAGGCGUUUGUCUGUGAGCUGAGUGUAUCUUAUAGUAUUUUGUUG